UAAAAUGCAAGAAAAUGUUAAAAUGCAAGAAAAUGUUAAAAUGCAGAGAAGUUCACCACAUAGGCAUGGACACACUCCAAUAGGCAGUAAAGGAGCUCUAGGAAUUCACAAAGACACACACACACACACACACACACACACACACACACACACACACACACACACACACACUCAAAGCCAGGCACCAGAUCUGAGUGCAUACAAAGACCCCAAACAUCACAGAUGUGUCUACAAUCCCAAGAGAUUAGAAUUUCACUGAUGUGCCAACAGUCACACAAGUGGCAAACUGCAAGAGAAGUCUCUCCCUCCAUUUAAACUGGGGCCAUAUCCACCCAGUCUUCACGUGCUUCUCCCUGUUUCUUCUCCUUUUCUUCUCUGCUUUAGGUCCUUUUAAUCUCUGUCCAGAGAAGCACACACGCGUAUAUGCAACAUGAGGGUGCUUGUGUAUGCAUGCAAGCACACAGGUAUAGGGUUCCUUUAGUGUGUCCAUCUCCUUUCCCUGGAACUCAAACUUAGAUUCUCACUCCCAUCAGGCAGUCCUUUUGUCGAGCUCUCUCCCCCUCCCUUCUCUCUCUAAAGGUUUCCCCUCCCCCUCUCUGAACCACCAGCUUUCUGAUUCACCUUCCAUAAGGAGGAUAACGUGACCCCCCCCCCCCCAGCCCACGGCUCCAGGGAACCAGGCUGAGAAGAUGAAGAAAGAUGGGGAGGGAAAAGGGAAGGAGGGUCUAGCCACAGUUGUGUGUGGAGGGGUGUCAGAUGCUGCUGUGCUGUUGUUUUUGUUGUUGUUGUUGUUGUUGGUGUGUCUUUAGGCACCCCUCCCUCCAUUCUUUGGAAUAUCCACUGUCACCUUGGUUCUCAAGUUUGUUUAUUUAUUUUUCUUUCUCUCUCCUUUAGCCUGCUUCUUCAACCUGCUUCAGGUUCUUUUCCUUCCAUCCCCCUGUCCCCAUCUCUCUUCUCUUUCCUCUCUCACCCCACCUUUUCUCUGCAGAGCUGAUGGGGUUUCUUCUGGGAAAGUCAAGCCACUGAUGGAAGGGAGAAGCCACUGCUGGUUAUAGAGAGAAAGCACAGGCGGCGCGGGCGCUGUCCAGCGUGCUGAAGCCGGAGCGAGAGCGCUGUUGCUGACCCAGCUGAGCCCAGCUUCUAGGACGCCAGCCCUCGACCAUCGCUCAUACUCCAGCCACGGAACAGAGCCAAGGCGGACCGGUCCCGACUUUCCCCCUGCCCCGACCCUCCUCUCCACCUCCCGCCGUCGUGACACCGGCUGUCUCUGGCAGCCCGUUGGUCAUGAAAACCUUCACGUUGCCGGCAUCCGUCCUCUUCUGCUUCCUUCUACUGAUCCAGGGGUUGGGAGCAGCGCCCCCCGGGCGCCCCGAUGUUUUUCCUCCUCCCCUCAGCUCUGAGCAUAAUGGGCAGGUAGCUGAGGACGCAGUGUCCCGGCCAAAGGAUGACGGCGUACCAGAGGUCCGAGCUGCUCGGAAUCCCGAGCCUCAGGACCAGGGAGAGCUCUUCCAGGGCGUGGAUCCCCGGGCGCUGGCCUCGGUACUGUUGCAGGCACUGGACCGUCCGGCCUCGCCCCCGUCGGUCCCGGGAGGUUCCCAGCAGGGAACACCCGAAGAAGCAGCAGAAGCUCUGCUGACCGAGUCCGUGCGCAGUCAGACCCAUAGCCUCCCGGCACCAGAAAUCCAAGCGCCCGCUGUGGCCCCCCCUCGCCCUCAGACUCAGGACCGCGAUCCCGAGGAGGACGACCGCUCAGAAGAGCUGGAGGCGCUAGCAUCCUUGCUCCAAGAACUUCGAGAUUUCAGUCCGAGCAAUGCUAAGCGCCAACAAGAGACGGCGGCAGCAGAGACUGAAACCCGCACGCACACGCUGACCCGAGUCAAUCUGGAGAGCCCCGGGCCAGAGCGCGUGUGGCGCGCUUCCUGGGGAGAGUUCCAGGCGCGCGUUCCGGAGCGCGCUCCUCUUCCGCCCCCGGUCCCUUCCCAAUUCCAGGCUCGAAUGUCCGAAAGCGCUCCCCUUCCCGAAACUCAUCAGUUCGGGGAAGGAGUGUCCUCCCCUAAAACACAUUUAGGUGAGACUUUGACACCCUUAUCCAAGGCGUAUCAAAGUCUAGGUGGCCCCUUCCCUAAGGUGCGCCGGCUCGAGGGCUCAUUCCUGGGCGGCUCCGAGGCAGGAGAGCGCCUGCUUCAGCAAGGAUUAGCUCAGGUAGAGGCAGGGAGGAGACAGGCGGAGGCCACCCGGCAGGCCGCGGCGCAAGAAGAGCGGCUGGCCGAUCUCGCCUCCGACCUGCUGCUCCAGUAUCUGUUGCAGGGCGGAGCCCGGCAGCGCGAUCUCGGGGGUCGCGAGCUGCAGGAGACGCAGCAAGAGCGGGAGAACGAGAGGGAGGAGGAGGCAGAGCAGGAGAGGCGAGGUGGUGGGGAGGACGAUGUGGGGGAAGAGGAUGAGGAGGCGGCGGAGGCGGAGGCGGAGGCAGAGGAGGCGGAGAGGGCGCGGCAGAACGCACUCCUGUUCGCCGAGGAGGAGGACGGGGAAGCCGGAGCCGAGGACAAACGCUCCCAGGAGGAGGCGCCAGGCCAUCGGCGGAAGGAUGCUGAGGGGGCAGAGGAGGGCGGGGAGGAGGAUGACGACGACGAGGAGAUGGAUCCGCAGACGAUCGAUAGUCUCAUUGAACUGUCCACCAAACUCCACCUGCCAGCAGACGAUGUGGUCAGCAUCAUCGAAGAGGUGGAGGAGAAACGGAAGCGGAAGAAGAACGCCCCUCCCGAGCCGGUGCCGCCUCCCAGGGCUGCCCCAGCCCCGACCCAUGUCCGCUCUCCGCAGCCCCCACCUCCCGCCCCAGCCCGGGAUGAGUUGCCGGACUGGAACGAAGUGCUCCCACCCUGGGAUCGGGAGGAGGAUGAGGUGUUUCCCCCGGGGCCCUAUCACCCCUUCCCAAACUACAUUCGGCCGCGGACACUGCAGCCGCCCGCAUCCUCCCGCCGCCGUCACUUCCAUCACGCGUUGCCACCUGCGCGCCACCAUCCGGAUCUGGAGGCCCAGGCCAGGCGCGCGCAGGAGGAAGCGGACGCGGAGGAGCGCCGGCUGCAGGAGCAGGAGGAGCUGGAGAAUUACAUUGAGCACGUGCUGCUGCACCGCCCGUGACCCGCCCCGGCCCCGCCUCCGCGCGCUCGCUCCCAGCUGCGCGCGCCACCACGCCCCCCUCCGUGUCGCUCCUCCUCCCUCUCAGUGUUUGCAUGCGCCCUGGCUCCGCCCCUCGGCUGCCGCCCGGCCCCGCCCCACAAGGCCCCGCCUCGGGUUCUGUCGGCACCGGACCUGUCAGACUUCCCUGGGGUCUGCAGUCUAGAACACACAAAACUCGCAGGCAAUCCCGGGGCCAGCCCAGGCGGGUGUGUGGUUUGUGCGAGUCCCCUUAUAUCCCCACUUCCUCCAGGGGCCUCGUCCCCAUCUAGUUUCUCUAGCGACUUCCCAGUCCCAGACGGGAAAGGCUGUUCUAUUUAAUCGUGUGAAGUGUCUGUCUCCCAGCCUUGGGGCCCCCGGAGCCUCCCCUCUUCUCCAAAUUGCUGUGAACUUACCCACUUCUCCUUCUCUGUUGUAAAUACCCCUCACGGAGGAAAUAGUUUUGCUAAGAAAUAAAAGUGACUAUUUUAUUAGGA